GCAUGCGGCGCGGAGCCGCGGCCGUGCCGGAGCCAUGUCGGCGGCGCCCCGGGGCUGCGGCGGGGCCCCGCGGGGCCGGGCGGGCGAGAAGCAGUGCUCAUGGGCUUCCUACAUGACCAACUCCCCGACCCUGAUCGUGAUGAUCGGGCUCCCUGCCCGUGGCAAGACCUACAUGUCCAAGAAGCUCACCCGCUACCUCAACUGGAUCGGGGUGCCCACCAAAGUGUUUAAUUUAGGGGUGUACCGGCGCGAGGCGGUGAAGUCCUACAAGUCCUACGACUUCUUCAGGCACGACAACAAGGAGGCCAUGGAAAUCCGCAAACGAUGUGCCUUGGUGGCUCUGGAAGAUGUGAAGGCUUAUCUGCUGGAGGAGUGCGGGCAAAUAGCUGUGUUUGAUGCCACCAACACAACUCGAGAGCGACGGGACCUGAUCUUAAAUUUUGCAAAGGAAAAUGCUUUCAAGGUGUUUUUUGUGGAGUCUGUCUGUGAUGAUCCGGAGGUCAUUGCUGCCAAUAUCCUGGAGGUGAAAGUUUCCAGCCCCGACUACCCAGAGAGACACCGAGAGAACGUGAUGGACGAUUUCCUGAAGAGGAUAGAGUGCUACAAGGUCACCUACCAGCCUCUGGAUCCCGAUGCUGAUGACAAAGAUCUUUCCUUCAUUAAAGUGAUCAAUGUGGGCCAGCGGUUCCUAGUAAACAGAGUCCAGGAUUACAUCCAGAGUAAAAUCGUCUAUUACCUAAUGAACAUUCAUGUCCAGCCACGCACCAUCUACCUUUGCCGACAUGGUGAGAGUGAAUAUAACCUUGUUGGCAAGAUUGGUGGGGAUUCUGGUCUGUCACCUCGUGGGAAGCAGUUUUCCCAAGCGCUGAAGAAGUUCAUUGAGGAGCAGGAGAUUGUGGAUCUGAAGGUGUGGACGAGCCAGCUGAAGAGGACGAUCCAGACGGCCGAGUCCCUGGGGGUCCUGUACGAGCAGUGGAAGAUUCUCAAUGAGAUUGAUGCUGGGGUCUGUGAAGAGAUGACCUAUGCAGAAAUUGAAGCCAAGUAUCCAGAGGAGUUUGCAAUGAGGGAUCAAGAGAAAUAUCUUUAUCGCUAUCCUGGAGGCGAGUCCUACCAGGACCUGGUCCAACGCCUGGAGCCAGUAAUUAUGGAGCUGGAACGACAAGGCAACGUCCUCGUUAUCUCCCACCAGGCAGUUAUGAGGUGCCUGUUGGCUUAUUUUCUUGACAAGAGUGCAGAUGAGCUGCCCUACCUGCGCUGCCCCCUCCACACCAUCCUCAAGCUCACUCCUGUUGCCUACGGUUGUAAAGUGGAGACCAUUACCCUGAAUGUGGAAGCAGUGAACACCCACCGUGACAAACCCUCCCUGAACUCAAGCGAGCUCCCCAGCAGCCAGAGCCCUGUCAGGAUGAGGAGGAACAGCUUUACCCCGCGGGCCAGCGCGGACACGGUAAAGCGCCCGCGGCAUCACAGCCUUGGGAGCAAACCCCUCGACCUGCUGGGGCCUCUUCCAUCCCUGGAAGCUCGAGAUGGGGCUGACCAGCUGCAGCUGGAAGUCAGUGUCCAGCCUCCAGUGGGAAAUGCUUCCCCCUGAGAACCACUGAAAGCAGCUUGUGUGUGCUCUCUUUUGGGUUAAGAAUGGCCAGUUUAACAGUGUAGAGGUUCGUGCUUUUCCCCUUGGAUUCUGCUGGGAAUUCCAUGGCCAGGAGGAGCCCUGGGACUGGAGCAUCCCCGGAGCACAGUGAGCCCCUUCGGCCAGUACUCGCCUUGAACUGAGUUUUUAGAGUCUUGCCUGUGUCUUUUCUUUCCAAAUGCUGGAAUGUCUGUCCAUGAGAUUGGAGAAAAUUCAUUUAUGGAGCUUUUUCAAACUGCUUUUAAUGAGCCAACGUAUCCCUGGGCUUUUGGGGGGGCAUUAAAAUAGUGCCCCAUGUCUUUUCCUCCUGGUUAGAUGCCAAAACUAACCACAGUGUGAUGACAAAAUAGUCAUGUUCUUACUGGCUGAGGCAGCUUUUCUUUGGAAAAGGCACUACCAGGCAAAAUCCCCGAGUUUUUAUUUAUCUGUUGCCAUUUCCAAGUUAUUUCCAAGUUCAAGCACAAUUAUUGUGUCGUUCAGCCACCCAAAGAGCUCCAGUUUAACUUUGCUUCCAGGACUGCUGAUGUGAGUCCUCCCUGUCUGAGCCUGUUCCUUUGCUUGGGAAGGCUUUUGCUUGGGAUUGUAACACCCAGCACAUCCCAUUUCCAGGUCAGCACAUCCCACGGGAUGCCUCCUGUGAGGGACAGAUGGGAAUAAAACCUCCUGUCCCUCUCUGGGAGCAUCACAGCUACCAGUGCUUUUAAAUCCCACCUCAAGCCCUACUUUAGGUUUGCAUCCUGACCUAAACUUCAUCUUCUCUCUCAUUUUUCCUGCCUUUUGUGGAUGGUUUAUCCAUUACCCCCAAAAACAUGGCUCUGCUUAGUGACUGGGAACAGUGGAGCCCCUGGGCAGGGUUUGCAGGAAGCACAAGAUUUUUACCAGUUGGCUUUUUAAUAUACCAAAUUUUAGGCCCCCAACAAGCUUUUAACUUGCCUGUGAAUCAGCUGUGAAUGUUACCCGUGUCUAAUGCUGCCUUUCACAUUUUAAGCUGGUUUUUUUUAGUGUUUAGAGCACACGUGGUGCAGCUGUGUCUGGCUGUGUCUGACUUAAAUACCCCCCAAACCCCAAAUUUAUAGUUUUUUUUCCCCUCAAGCCUUGACUUCCAUUUUGCCAAACUCCCAUUUUACCCCACUCCAGCUGUUCUUGCAAUAAGGGUAAAACCCUCAGGUUGAGUGAAGAAAGGAGAGUUUGGGUACAGAGCAGGAGGCUGUUCUGGACCUGCUGUUUCCAGUUGACUCCAGGAUUUAUCUGAGCAGUUCUGGGACCCAGAAGUUGCUUAUUUUAAAUGUGUAAAUAAAUGCUGGAUAUGCCCAUAGUUAGGGAAAUCUGUGCCCUGGCUGUGGAGGAGCUCAGCAGCCCCAAAGCCUGAGGCUUACCUGAGCAUUUUGAGCUCAAACCUGGUUGUUUUAAGCACUCCCAGAGCUUUAAUUUGAUAAAACUGAGUUAGAGAGGACCAAGGCACUAAUCCUGACCCCUUAGGAUUCCUGAGGAGCAGAAGCACAUGAUAAUCUAAAGCAAUUGUGCCACAGAGAGAGGAAAUUCGGUGACAAGAAAUUGAAUUUUAGUAGUUUUGCUCCUCAGGCUUUUCCCCAUCAGGGGGCAGGUUUGCUCCAACCAUCCGGCCUUGGGUUUUAAACGUUUUUGUGCUUAGGAAUAAGCCAGAAAAAAAAAAAAUAAAACGUUGAAGGAAGAGAUUUAGAGCCUGUCCAUGAUAGUUUUGUGCUGUCACACUCCAAAAAAGCUCUAAACGCACAAACCCGCCCGUGUCGGGCCGGCAGCUCCGACCAAAAAACCUCCUGCUCUGUGGGGAAAAAAAGAAAAAAAAGGAGUAGAAAAUGUACUGUAGGAUGUUUACGCACAACAUGCUGUGAUAACUUGCUAAAGAGUUAAUUAUGUUCGUUGUCAUCGAGUAGUUAAUGGUUGUAAGGAGACAAAAAUAUAUAUUUUUACCUGCUGGGAUUUGUGAAUGUCGCUGUUUGUGUGUUGGUGGUCGUGGCUUUUUUUUUUUUCUUUAAUCACUGCUAAAAAAUCGGGGCUGUAGUUUGGAUCAGUGGCUGUGGGGGUCCCUUAUUCCCAUCGAGUGGGUCCUUGUUUUGGCCAUGGAAGGAUGGAGCUUCAUCCCUUCCCUGCUGACAGCAGUGUUUGUGCCUCGGUGCUUUCAUUAAAGCCUGACUUGAGCCUUUUCCUCCUGCAUUUUAGCCUUUGAAAGGCGUGUGUUUUUAAAACACAGGUGUCCAGAGCAGAGCAGCAGCAGAUUUGUGGUCAGAUCAUUGCCCUGAGGGUGAAUCAUACCCACCACGCCAGGUCCUGCUGAGCCCUGAGCGCAGGGCCGGGGUGAUGCCAGUGAGCCCACACCUCUCCUGGCAGGUGCCUGUGCCAGGUAUUUCCUUGAAAUCACCUGAUUUCCUUGGCACUGGGCGUGCAGAUAACCCAGAUAAACAACAGUUGCACAAUGGGGUUGGGUUUUUUAUCGAUACUUUUGAUUGAACAGGAUUUAGCAGCGGCUUGUGCUGUCAGGGGGGAGCAGAGCUGGUGUCGUGGGCUGGGGCAGGUGGAGGUGGUGGGUUUGGAGGUGUGAAUGUUGGCCUGGCACCUUGGAGAGCAUUUUACCAUGAUGGGAGGUUUUCUGCAACCCUGUGAUUUUCCUGCCCACGUGUUUCCAGCAGUGAAGGUGGUGGUGGCUGCUGUCACCUUCAGUGAGCAGUGACAGGGCCACCCUUGGGACUAAUGGGUCACUGCAGAGAAAAAGGAUCACUCUGGCAAAAAACCUGCUCCAUCUCUUCUGCCAGCAGUGGGGAAAACUGGAAAAAGGGCAAAAAAAAGGCUUAAAGCCAGCCUGGGUAGCUUAUUUGUGUGCACUGGCUGUGACCUUGGAGCUGCCACCUCUGCCAGGCGUCCCCUUCCCGGCAGUGGGUGAUGGUUGGGAAGCCUGGCCCUGAUGCCAGGUGGACAGGGAGCAGCUGUGGGAUGAGAGGCAUCAGCAGCAGCAUGGCCAGGACCCACCUGGCCUGGGGAGAUGUCCCCAGCCCUCACUCUGUGCCCCUCUGGAAGGUGCUGGGGGAGCACUGCUGGUGCCACCUCCCCCUGUCCCUGCUGCUCCUCGGUCCCUGAGCACUGCUGGCAGGCUGCCUCUGUAUUUAGUGUUUGCUGAUGUGGAUGUCACCCAUCUGCUUGUAAACUUCCCUGCUCUGCUGCCUUCUAAUGUGUUUUUUCUUUUAGGUUUAAAAAGCUGCAGUGUAUGUCAGCUUGUGCUGUGUGUUGUGUACUCUGUGCACUUGGGCAUAAAGAGCCAUCAGCCUUUAUUUACAAUAAAGAGAUUUAAAAAAACACA